CAGCCAAUUCACCUUUGUGCUUGUCCUGAAGUAUGAUUACAACUAUUCUUUGACAUGUAUAUGGAUAUCUCCUGACUCAUCAGAUAAUUCCGCGCAUACUUCGUUCGCUGUGUUCUUUCAUAUGAACUAGUAGGCUGCUUGGUAAAUUGACGUAAAUCUCUAAACUAUAAGCGAACAGUAGCAUGCCCAAACGAUGAGGAACACGCAUUUACUUCAUCUGCUGGUAUUCAUAUUAAUGAAAUGUUAUGUGGAUGAAGUCCUUUGCGCUAUCAAUGGCGAACGAGGAAGUACUAUUACACUAAAUCCCCAGUUAAGGGGAAAGUUGGAAAAAGUCACCUGGACACAUAAUGGCAACACGGCGGUAGAGUACGACCAGAGACAAGUUUUAAUAUUUGAUCCGUUUAAAAAACGGAUUGUUUUAGAUUUCCAGUCUGGAGAAUUGACUGUAAAGAGGUUAACUACCGGAGACGACGGUGUUUAUGAGUCAACAGCUAUUGUGAAUGGGAAGAACCAGUACUCAAAACACGAACUUCAAGUAAUUGCUGGUGUUCCUCAGCCAAAAGUGACUUGCAAACAGGCUGACCCAGAAUCAGAAGAGACAACGCUCCUCUGUGGUGUAGAGGUGGACACCCCUGUAAGGUACAGGUGGAGGGGGCCUACGGUGUAUGAUCAUCUAGGCUCAGAGCUGCGGCUUGGCAAACAGGAGGACCUGGACUCCGUUUACACCUGCAUUGUGAAGAAUGAAAUCAGCGAGAAACAGGCUACCUUCACUCUAAGAGACUGCCAGUCAGGUGGUAUCUCUCCUGGCAUUAUUGCUGUAGUUAUCCUGUCUGCCAUAUGUGCUUUAUGCCUAUUGAUUCUGAUUCCACUUUUGGUCUGCAGAAGAAAGCAAAAACUCCUCAAAAAGAAUCCGGCACACAAGCAGGCGGACGUUGAAAAUGGAGAAAACAAAAACCUGCUGUCAUCAGGCCAAGCAACUAACAAGAACACAGGAGGAAAGAAGGAAUCAAGGGGACUGUAUCGUGCUGUACAUCUCAACCGGCAGAGUGGCGCUAUUGAAGACGCAGAAAAUGAAGAACGUUCUUCUUUCUCAUUACGAGCAACCCUUCCAAGCCAUGCUAAACUAAGGCCUCCUAGGGCAGGAGAUGAACAGGCAAAUGGCUCUUUCGGAGCUAAGGACCGCAACAGUCCAGACAGAUCUACAGCCAGUGGGUUGCAGCAGGAAGAUCAAAGUGCUGAAUCCAAACCUGUGCCUGUAGAGAGGGUCACACUGGACCAGAAAGCUGUGGUGGUCCGAUCACAGUUGCAUGGUAAACACCUUGCAUCAGCUGUCAUUAGUCAUUCCUCAUCUAGUGCAGAGGAGCCUGACAUGCAACUGAAUGCUGUCAAUUGCAGCAGGAGGAAUUCUGAGAAUGAUGGACGUUCUAAUUUAAAUCCAGAGGGUGUGUCUGAAGAAAUGAAACCUUAUCAUUCCCACAACAUCACUGUCACGACUGAGGGAAAAGACCGAAGGGAAUGCUGUGAAGAAGAAGAUAAUGUGAGUGACACAGAGAGAGGUGCUGAUAUGACAUCUGAACGAGGGGUAGCAGAGGAGAAAGAUGGAAAUGACGAGCAGCAGACAGCCUCAGAAAAUGGUCAGGAGGAGGAGAGUAGCAAACAAGAAAAGGAAGAUAGUGGUUCACUUUUAAAAAAUCAAGAGAACCACGAGAUGGUUGUGGAAGAGGGUUCUGUGGAUAAAGAAAGGAAUGGUGAGAGAGUUCCUCCGGAUCAGACUGAAGAGGAGGAAGCCAAUGACCGUGAACAUAAGGAAGAACUUCCUGAGGUAGAACAGGCUAUUCAGGAGCAUCUAAAGGAAGAUGCUCCAAAGGAUGAAAUAAAGAAUGUACAGGAUGACCAAGAUGAAGCUGCGAUGGACCCUGAGCCAGAGAGAACAGGAAAUGAGGGGGAAAGUGGUAUAGUGCAUGAAAGAGAAAGGACUGCUGAGGAGGAAGAGGAGGAGGUGGAAGAGGAGGAGGACGACGACAUCACAACCAAAAAGCAGCCUCUUGGAGAGAAUGAACAAGGCAGUAGCAUUCCAGAACCCCAGGAGAUGAUGGAGCCAGAGGUGCAGAAGGAUCUGACAGGGGAUGAAGGAGAACAGGAGCUUCAUGUUAGUGAAGGUCUGGAGGAGGGAAGGACAGGAGAGCAUGAUGGAGUAGAGGAUGGAGAGAUGGGUCCAGAGAGAACAUGUCAUGAUGUGAGAGAGGGAGAAAGGGAAAGGAAGGGUGAGGAUGAGCAGGGUGAUGGUGUUGAAGUUGACGUUGACACAAAUCACAGAGAAGAGGAAGAGGAAGGGCAAGAUGGUGAGAUGGCCGGCCAACAACAGGAUGAGCUGAGACGAGAGGAAAGGCAGGAACCUGAUGAAGAGACAGUGGGUGUAAAUAGUGAGCUGGAGGAGCAACUUUUGAAGCAAGCUAGCAAUACCAGUUUGAAGGAACCACAAAUUGAUUGUCAAGAUGUCAGUGUGUCUGAUGAAAUGAAUGGUGAAGAAAGUGAGAAUAAGUCAGAGAAUGAAGGGACAAAAAGUAAUACUCAAGUGGAAGAGAAAAAACAGGAGGAACCGAACCCACUGAAGCAAGGGGAAGAUCACAGCAUACCUAAAGAGGAGCUUUUUUCAUUAGAGGAACAGGGUAGUUGUUUACCUGAAGACCAAAUAGACUGUCCAGAUGUCAGUGUGUCAGAUGAAGUGAAUGGUGAAGAAAGUGAGAUGAAGUUAGAGAGUGUAGGGACAGAAUAUAAUACGCCAUUGGAGGAGAAAAAACAGGAAAAACAGAACCCACUGAAGCAAGGGGAAGAUCAAAGCAUACCUAAAGGUGCGGCAGUAGAGGAACAGGAUAGUUGUUUACCUGAAGAUCAAAGAACUGAUGAAGUUAUCAGCGAUGAAAAUGAAACUCAAGACGAUCAUGAACUGGAUGGAAAAACAGAAACUGUUGACAAUCAAGCCACCCAAGACCAAGCUAAGGAGGAAGAAUUCAAGCAAGAGCAGACAGAGCAAGACCAACACCAAAAUGACACAAACAGCCCGCAUGAACAUGAACAAGCUGGCAAACCUGAAAAAAAGGAUGAAGAGAAUAAUACUGAGAUUGAACCAGAAAAUGAAAGCAGUCAGGAGCAAGAAAAAGAAGCAAGUGAGCUGACGAAAACUGAGUCUGAUGGAGAGAGAGACAUGGAACCAUCAGGCCAGCUACAGAGUGAGGAACACCUGGAACAUAAGGAUGAGGAACACCUGGAACAUAAGGAUGAGGAACACCUGGAACAUAAGGAUGAGGAACACCUGGAACAUAAGGAUGAGGAACAAGGAAAGGAAGAGGACAUAGGACAGCCUGACAACACCCAGUUGCAGGCCCAACCAUUAAAAGAAGAGCAGCAUGUUGACAUUAAUUUGGAAGAAGGGAAAGAUAAUAAAACUAUCAGUGACAGUGAUGGAGAGAAGGAAGGUAAAGGUCAGAAAAAGGAGGACAGUAAACUGGAAGAGGAGGGAGAAGCUGGGGAGACCGAUACAGACCAGGUCCAGGAAGAAGCUCAUCCUGCAGUAUCUAAUGAAGAGGUCAUUGCAAUGGAUGAAAAGGAACACAGUGUGACUGAAGAUGAAACUGUUGAAAGUGUGAGUGAUGUUAGGGAGGCUGAAAAACUUUACCCAACAGAGGAAGAGGAUGUGGAGCGAAAGCAAGAGAGGACACAGAAAGAUGGACAGCAGGAUGAUCAAAACAACAGUGUUCCUGAUGACAAUAAGGAAAAAGGGGAUCAAAACAAGAGUGUUCCUGAUGACAAUAUGGAAAAAGAGGAUCAAAACAAGAGUGUUCCUGAUGACAAUAAGGAAAAAGAGGAUCAAAACAACAGUGUUCCUGAUGACAAUAAGGAAAAAGGGGAUCAAAACAACAGUGUUCCUGAUGACAAUAAGGAAAAGGAGGAUAAAAAAUACAAUGAGGUGAACCCAAAUCGAGAGAGUGACAAGGAGACACUUCUGGAAGAAGAAAGAGGGGACACUGAGGUGCAUCAAGGACGGACAGAAGGAGAACAACAUCAUACUGAGGUGCCAGGUCAACUACAGAACGAGCAGAAACAAGUGGAAAACCAUGAUGAUGAUGAUGAUGAUGAUUACGAAGAGGAAAGAAUGAGUGAUGGAGAGGAAUCAGUGGAGGGCAAAGCCCUUGAAGAUCAAAUGAAGCAUCAGAUGGAACGACCAAAUAAUAAAAGUGACACAUGUGAAAACAACAAGGAUGGAAGGGAUGUAGUCCCAGAGAAGAAUGGAAAUAGAAAUGAUUAUCAGGCAGAAAAAGAGGGAAGAGAAAAGGUGGAAAUAAAGUGUGAGGAGAUGCAUCAAGAUGACAUGGCAAAGCAGGACAGAGCAAGCUAUUGAAGAGGCAAGCCAACCACAACACAAGUUAAAACAAUCAGAGGAAGGGGAAGAUUUAGACAGAGAAAACAAGGAAACGUGAUUAGGAACAGUGAACGGGAAAAAUGGAAACGGGAAAUGUGAAUGUAAUGUUUAGGAAUGUUUUAUCAAUCUAAUGUAGGAUGUUGGAUGUUUUGUAAAUACACUAACUUUUUACAUUUUAUAGUGUGUGUACAGUAUGAAUGUGUCGGUUUAAAAUCAUUUAAUAGUAAAAAAUGUUGUGAUGUGUUUCUUUCAACAUGCAUAGAUGCUAGAUCUUGUGGAAAUAUAAACUUUUUACCAUUCAACACACGAAAACUUAAGAGAACAGGAUUUAGGCACUGGUGGUGGGUUCGAAAAGGGAAGGACACACUUUGUCCACUAGAGGGGAGUAAAGGAUUUCACAUUGAGUAAAGGCAACUUUUACGAACAAGGCGUUACCUAGUCCUAGUUCAUGUUGUAAUUUCACAAUCAUGAUAACUUGGCAACUGUUAAAAUAUUUUCUGAUCAGGUUCUCAUUUAUACAUUUUUUUUUUUAUUUGGACAACUAAACUUUUAAACUAUUUUAGCUUCUUUAGUUGCUUUCCAUAGCAAACCAGACUGCUUUACUAGAGUAGAUAGCAGUGUCCCAUUGGGAGAACAAAAUACUGACAUCCUGACCAAAACGGCAAGACUAGACACUAGCCCAUACAGUACAUCCGGACAAUCCCAGUAGGGUAUUAGUCUGAACCCUGUAGAAACUGAUCAUUAAAGUUGUUUAUUACGCUGUCAUAAGCACUGCUUGCAGUUCCGAGGGAGGAUACAUUGGAAUUUAAUUAAAUUAAAAAAGUUUAAAUGGUAGAUGACGAUUCCAUUAACAAACUAUAGCAUGUGAUGUUUCUGACCGUAGUUACAAGUAUGCAAGUCUGAAGGUUCGAUUAUUGCGGUUUCAAGUAUUUUUAAAUGUUUCUUGAAUAUAGGAAAACAUUGCUUUUUAACCCAUCUGUAAGACUUACACUCGUGUUGGCGUUACAGCUUUUUCCAGGAAGGCUACACCUCGACCGUCACAUGGAGUUAAACUUCAUGGGCUGAACACCACUCAUUUAGCUGACCGUUCAUGAUCGCAAACUUAAUUUCAUACCUCUGCUAAUAUGAUGUACAGCUUGUUCCAUGUUCAGUAACAUCUACCUCACCAUAUAGUCUUUGUACUGCAUACUUGAUUAACUGUUGUCUUAAUGGCAUAUACAAUCUUAAACUUUAGCCAAGUACCAAAGAAAGUCAGGGCAUCAUCGAGGAGCAGACACAGCAUGUUUUAAAUUCCACUGUGGCUAUUAGCAAAGCUUGUUGCAUCUAUUGAGUAAUUUAUUUCUGUGUUGAAGUGUUAGCAUGCGAGGUGGAGUACAGUGACUACAUAGUCCAGAAGAUGCAUCUGAACAAGAAAACCACUUCAGAGAACCCACAGACCCUACACAAACACAUUUCACGGUCUUCAUUUUUAUUUAUUUUUUAAAGUCAAUUGAUAUCAAGAGUGGGGUGGGGGACUAUUGAAUCUUAAGGCUGGCACAUUGAUGGAUUUCAUGUGAUUGUGUCAUAAGGGCAUUCAACCAUGAGCCACACAAACCAGAAAACAAACCUGGGCAUAAUUUGGCCACAAUAACCAUAAUGAAAUGCACCAACAGGAGAUAGAAAAAAAAACAUCUGUCUUCUGAAUAAGGUAUGGAAAGAUGUCCAAACAAUUUAGCUAGUAUUUCUCCAAAAAUAACUGAAUGGUAGAGAAACUUUACAAUAAAAUAAAAAAAGACAUUUGGAAAAAAAAAAGUGUCAAUUUGUCACCAUAUUUAAAAAGAUCGUAAGCUGUAUGUAUAAGUGAUUUGCGCCGUAUGAAGUAUAAACGUUUAUUAGUUA